AUGUCGUCUACUGAGAACAUCGCCAUCAUCGGUGCAGGCCUCUCUGGUCUCACACUAGCUCUUGCACUCUAUCAACAUGGCAUCCCCUGUACCAUCUAUGAGGCCCGCGACGCACCAUUGAACAUCGGCGGAGCCGUCAUGCUCUCUCCCAACGCCCUCCGAAUUCUCGAUAUCCUAGGCGUCUACGAGCGCAUCCGUCCCGAGGGCUACGACUUUGACCACUUGCACUUCCGCACUCCCAGCGACGAGCCCUUUGACACAUACGAAUUCGGGGAUAGCAAGAAAUACGGGUACAGUGGCAUGCGCAUCUAUCGACACGUUCUCAUCACCGAGCUCUCGGCUAUGAUCAAGGAGGCGAACAUCCCCAUUAACUACCAGAAGAAGUUUCAGCGUGUGGUUUCUGAGACCACGACGGACGUGACGUGGGUGUUUGACGAUGGAACGACCGCGACUGCGACUUGUCUCAUUGGGGCUGAUGGAAUCCACUCGCGGGUGCGCAAGUACCUCUACCCUGAGCUCGAGCCGCGAUUCAUGAACGCCAUGGGUGUCACUGCUGCUGUGCCCACUAGCCAGUUGCAAAUUCCCGAGGGCUACCAGCUCCCCGUGACGAUUAUGAACAAGUUACACGGGGCGUUUGUCAUUGCACCCCAGCUGAAGGAUGGAUCGGAGGUGUUGAUCGGAAGACAGAAGCGCGCCGCGCAGUUGGACCGGGAGGGCUGGAACCAACUCAUGAACGACAAGGAGUGGUGUGUUGACUUUUUGCGAGACGGAAUCAACGACUUCCCGGCGAUCGUGCAACGGGCCGUAUCGGACAUUUCCCCAUCCAACAUCAACCUGUGGCCGUUCUAUAUGGUCCCCAAACUUGACAAGUGGAGUUCUGAACAUUCUCGGGUGAUCAUCCUGGGUGAUGCGGCUCAUGCUAUCCCACCAACGGCGGGGCAGGGUAUCAACCAGGCCUUUGAAGAUGUAUAUACGUACGCAUUGACUCUGGCGAAGCGUGGAGACACCUCCCUCGAACGGGCUUUGAAGAUCUGGCAGCAGGGACGCCAGGAGAGAGUUGACAAGGUGUUGGAACUCAAUGCUCAGAUUGACAAGCGUCGCAUGCCGAAGGCGAGUGAUCAGGAAGAGUCCGAGGCGGGUGGAGAUUUUGAUUUGGAAUGGCUGUACAAGCCGGAGCUUGAGGCGAUAGUUGAGAAAUGGCUUGGUGAAGGUUUGGAGUAG